AUGGCCAACUUCAGCAAAGUAAAGAGAAGAAGUCUCUCUGAAUUGCCUGAAGAAAUUAUCCAUCACAUACUUUCUUUCCUCACCAAUAAAGAAGCAACCCAAGCAAGUACUCUAUCAAAGGGUUGGUAUGGUGCCUUCGGGUCACGCCCCGAUUUGGUUUUCAAUUAUCAAGAACUACGAUCGGAUGUUCAAGUCGAUCGCGUUCUUUUCACGUUGAAAAGAAAUUCUAUCAAUCUGCGCUUGCAAGAACUUGAAAAGAAUGAAAAUUUCAAGUGGGUCACUAAAGGAAAUAUGGUAGAUAGGGAUGAUUUACGCGAGGCUGAAUUCGACGUGCCUAACGUUGUUCUCUUUGAGUAUGAGGGAGAUAUCACUCCGAGGUUCUCAUUUACAGCUUCCUCACGAGGAUGGACAUCUCGCCUGAAAAUAAAACACAUUCAAAAGGUAGACACUUCGUGGUUUUUAAAACUAAAAGGAUUUCUAACAAGAUUCCAUAAGUCCGACUUAGUUGAUGUUUCGAUUUGCUCUGGAGACCAAGUAGAGUUCAAUUUGGAUGAUGCUGCAACGAAAGAUGGCACUUGCUCAACAAUUGAUGAAGUGAUUGCAAAGUUGUUCGUCACGAUUCAAAUUAGGCCGAUUUUGAACCAAGAAUGUCCUGAAGCAUCCGUUCUUGCAAUCUUGCGCGGUAUUUUCUGGAUCGGUCGCCCUCUUAUGAUAUGA